CAACGUAAUCGAUAUGACGACACCAGCUUUAUAAAUGAAAGGUGCCGUUGUCCGAACCACCAGUUGAACUUCGCAUUUGUGAAACGUUCGGCUUCAGUGUGGGCCAACGUUGACCUCAAUAAAACAUCGAGUAUUUGUAGUAAACAGUUAGUUUCGCGCAAGUAGUGUCAGUGAUUAUAUAAAAAUGCCCUGUCCGUUCGUGGGGUCACUCAGCCAAGCCUUCGUAAGGAACUACGGAGCGACUCUACUGAAGCAGUAUGGGAGCUACUGCCCGAUAAUGUCUCGCGGAUUCCGUUCUCUCGGCAAUGACGAGACAAAAUGCCCCUUCAUCCAGGAAAACUCCAUCGUAUCCGAAGCGCCCAAGGAGAUGAGCGAGGACAUCGUGGACCGUUCGCCGUACCAGUACGACAACUUCUUCCACGAUCAGAUUAGCGCGAAGAAGAGGGAUUACUCGUACCGUGUGUUCAGAAAAGUAUCGCGCCUGGCGGCUGAGGGCGCCUACCCCUCUGCGUUGGAGGGCGCGGAUAACCGACGGGUCACAGUGUGGUGCGCCAAUGAUUACCUCGGCACCUCUCGCCACCCCGUCGUGCAGAGCGCCGCCAUUUCCGCCAUACAGGCUUAUGGCACCGGCGCUGGUGGAACCAGGAACAUCGCAGGGAACUCACAGAUGACUGAGCAACUGGAGGCCGAGAUAGCCAAACUCCAUAACAAACCAGCAGCACUAGUGUUCAGUUCCUGCUUUGUAGCAAAUGAUGCUACUCUCUCUACUUUAGCGAGAAUUCUACCGGGCUGUGUUGUUUACUCGGAUGCUGGUAAUCAUGCCUCAAUGAUUCAAGGGAUACGGAAUAGUCGAGCACCGAAACAUAUAUUCAGGCACAAUGAUCCGUCGCACUUGCGGAAACUACUCUCCGAAUCGCCUGUUGGCACACCGAAGCUAGUCAUAUUUGAGACUGUUCAUUCCAUGAGUGGAGCAAUUGCUCCCUUAGAAGAGAUGUGCAAUAUAGCACAUGAGUAUGGAGCUUUAACUUUCGUGGACGAGGUUCAUGCUGUAGGGUUGUAUGGGAAACAUGGUGCAGGUAUCGGGGAGGAGAGAGGUCUACAGGACAAGAUAGAUAUAGUAUCUGGGACACUCGGGAAGGCGUACGGGAAUGUUGGGGGCUAUAUAGCCGGGUCCGCGCUGCUGGUGGACACGGUGCGGUCACUGGCGCCCGGGUUCAUCUUCACGACGGCGCUGCCACCGCCCGUGCUCGCGGGGUCGCUGGCUUCCAUCCGACUGCUGGCCAGUGAGGAAGGCCAGACGCUACGCGCGCGUCACCAGGCUAUGGUGCGCUAUCUCAAGCUGUCGCUGUUGGUGGCGGGGCUGCCGCAGCUGCCGUCCGUCAGCCACAUUGUGCCAGUGCCGGUGCGUGGCGCGGACCGCGUGGCGGCGGUGGCCGACAGCCUCAUGCAGCGCGGCCACUACGUGCAAGCCAUCAACUACCCUACGGUGGCGCGCGGCACGGAGCGCCUACGGUUCGCCCCAGGGCCCUUCCACACGCCGCAGAUGAUCGAUGAUCUGGUGGCGGCGCUCACGGACGCUUUCCACGAAAACGACAUCGAGUUCAACCAGUUCAUGAAGAACGGCACCUGCCGCGAAUGCAGCAUGGAGUACAAGAUGGAGUCUCCGUUCGAGGAGCUCAUGAAACAUCCCAUGCGCGUCGCGUAGUCGCCUUCUUUCCGAACCGACCACUGCCUCGAUCCUAGUUAACUGUUUUUAUGAAUGCAAUGAAAAUGACAAAAAAAUGUUAAGCGAUGUCGUAUAGUUUAUUUGGAUUAUUUUAUUAUUUAUGGUUGAUGGUUAGGGGAAAUUAAAGACGUGGUAUGAGA